AUGUCCGACGAGAGUCGGCAGCGGACCAAAAAGAACAUCCUGCAUCAUCGUGAGACGUUUGGCUUCCCGGCGCGCCCUGCGGUCUCUCGUCGUUGCCAGCACUUGAUAGCCUCGUUGAUCACAGACAAGGAGUACCGUCUCUGCUCCAAGCGGUAUUGCAUGAAGGAUCUUGCUUCAACUACGCUUUCUGGCUCGCCCAGCACAUCACAGACUACCUCUAGCCCCAAAUCGGAGAGUUGCGGGAUCCGCGAUUUUGCUGGCCGUUUCGUCUUUCCUUACGACGCCGAGGACAUCAAGGCACACAAGUGGUUCCGCCACGUCCCCUAG